UCUCUCUCUCUCUCUCUCUCUCUCUCCUACAGAGACUUAUAUUAAGGAAGCGUUUUUUUCCUAAUACAAUUCUCAAUCUUAUCAAAGCUCUCUCUCUGUUCCGAUUAGGGUUUUGAAAUGUGGAGCGAUAAUGGAGCUCUCUGAAUCCUCCUCCUCUUCCGUCGUCGUCGUCUCUGCUCCCCCAAACAACGAAAUUGAUCAAGCUCAGCUCAACCGUUCCGACAUAGGGUCUCAACAGUCCACCACCGCCGAGAGGAACAACAAGGAGGACGACGCUCACUCCGGUGGUAGUGACGCGGCGGUUGUCCUCCAUCCCGGUCCCGAUCCCGAUGUUGCCGGUGGCGUGAGUGAUGAGAUUCAGAAGCUGGAUUUGAAAGGAGGUGAUGCUGAGGUGGCGGCGGCGGCGGUAGCGGAGGAGAAGAAGGAGGAGGAAGGGGAUGGGGGUGUGGAGGUGGAGAAGAGCUGUAAUGGUGGAGAAAUCGAAAAUGAAAAUGAGAAGCAGAGUGAGGAAGAGAGCAAUGAAGGAGAGAAGAAGAAAGGGGAAGAACAUAACAGAAGGUAUCAGUACCCGGUGAGGCCUGAAGCAGAAGAUUGUUCCUUUUAUCUAAAGACAGGGGCUUGCAAGUUCGGAUCGAAUUGCAAGUUUAAUCACCCUGUUGGAAGGAAGAGCAGCAACAACAAUCAGCAGUCCCAGGCUUUUAAAGAUAAGGUGAAGGAGAGGGAUGAGUUGUCAGAGAAGCCAAGCCAGAUAGAAUGCAAGUAUUACUUAAGGCCAGGGGGAUGCAAAUAUGGGAAAGGUUGCAAAUACAGCCAUGGAAAAGGGAAACCUCCAGUAGCUCCAGUUAUGGAACUUAACUUUCUGGGACUGCCAAUUCGACAGGGAGAGAGGGAGUGCCCCUACUAUAUGCGAAAUGGUUCUUGCAAGUAUGGAUCAAACUGCAGGUUUAAUCACCCUGAUCCUACUGCUGCGGGAGGAUCUGACCCACCAUCUGGAUUUGAUAAUGGUGGACCUGCAUCAUUACAAGGUGGACCACAAUUAUCAUCUUGGUCUGCACCAAGAUCAAUGAAUGGGACUCCGCUUUAUGUCCCAAUGAUGAUGCCACCAUCUCAAGCAGUUCCUUCUCAGAAUACAGAAUGGAAUGGUUAUCAGGCACCAGCUUAUCUAGAGAGAAGCAUGCCUGCACCUCCACCAUAUGUUAUCAACAACUCAGGGACUGAAAACAAUGUCUAUAAACAAUAUCCACUGUCAAAUCAAGUUGAUGAAUUCCCAGAACGACCUGGACAACCUUUGUGCAGUUUCUUUUUAAGAACAGGGGAUUGUAAGUUUAAAUCUAAUUGCAAAUAUCAUCAUCCAAAAAGUCAGACUGCAGUAUCCCGCUCAUUUGCACUCAGUGACAACGGCCUGCCUUUGAGACCAGAUCAGAAUAUUUGCACCCAUUACAGUCGCUAUGGCAUUUGCAAAUUUGGGCCAGCUUGUAAAUUUGAUCAUCCGUUAGAUUUAACAUCUUCAACUACAUCUGGUCUUGAUCAUCAACUUCCUUUCAGUGACUUGGCGGAUACAAAAGAGGCGGGAGAAGCUAGGAGUAGAAUUGGAACUGAUACAAUUCAGCAACAACAAGCCGUGUAAUAAGUUUUGCUUGAAAUACUUGCUAGAGCAUAACGUUUGCAUGAACAAGAUACAUGUUUUGGAUCUGGAAAACCGAUGGAACUUUUUCAUCUAGCUGCUACAGUUAACUUUUAUUUUGCAAAGAAUCUGGAUCACCAGAAUUGUAAUUAUGCUAUAUUUUUGUCAUUUUAGCAGCAAAUACAAGAGUAAUUUGGAACCA